AGAAGCCAUGUUUAUGUCCACAUCCGUUUUUCUGUCCUGUCUACAUUUCAGACCAUCCAAGCCAACUGGAAGAAGCAGAGAGAAGCUGAGCUGUCUAGAAGAAACUGAAACCAGCUGAACUGCCUGAAGAGGCUCAAACCAACUGAGCUACCUAGAGAUGACACUCUCCAACCUGUUAGCUGCAGGCAGGUUGUGCAAUGUGCUCCAGGUUUCCUGCUUUCAUGAGCUGUCACCCAUGCAGGCUUGGGCUUUGUUGAUGCUGUUUCUGCCUUUGGAUCAUUUCUGCUCCUUUUCUUUUACCUGCAUCCAGUUGUCUUCAGAAUGGCGGAGAAGAACAACUCUGCUGGGAAGGAGCUUCAGCAUAGGCCGAGAUCAGAGGUUCCAGGAAAGAAAAUCUGGCACUCCCAAGCCUACACCCUUGGGGCCAUUUCCAACUUUAUGUCUACCUUUCUGACCUUUCCUAUCUAUAAGGUUGUGUUCCGGCAGCAGAUCCAUGCUAUGGCGGUGUCAGAGGCUGUGAGACAGCUUUGGCAUGAAGGUCCUCAAUACUUCUACCGGGGAAUCUACCCUCCUCUUCUUUCCAAGACUCUGCAAGGGACUCUCUUGUUUGGCACUUAUGAUAGUUUGCUGUGCUUUCUCUCCCCUGUUGGGCCACACUCCCUGGGACAGCGCUGGGCUGCAGGGCUCAUGUCUGGUGUGGUGGAAGCUCUGGCACUCAGCCCCUUUGAAAGAGUGCAAAAUGUGCUCCAGGAUGCUCGCAAGCAAGCUCGCUUCCCCAGCACCUUUAGCAUUCUCAAGGAAUUCAACUCUUAUGGCUUUUGGGGGCGGCUGUCACUGGGCUAUUAUCGUGGUUUCUGGCCUGUCCUUGUCAGAAACAGCUUGGGGAGCGCUCUCUAUUUCUCCUUUAAGGAUCCUAUCCAGGAUGGCUUGGCAAGGCAAGGCCUGCCCCAUUGGAUUCCUCCUUUGGUGUCUGGCAGUGUCAACGGAACAAUCACCUGUCUAGUUCUGUAUCCUCUGAUUGUGCUGGUUGCCAAUAUGCAGUCUCAUAUUGGUUGGCAGAGAAUGCCAAGCUUGUGGGCCUCUGCCCAGGAUGUGUGGGACACUCGAGGUAGAAAGGUACUCCUGAUUUACCGAGGAGGUUCUCUGGUUAUCCUAAGGUCCAGUGUGACAUGGGGCCUCACUACUGCUAUCCAUGACUUCUUGCAGAGGAAGUCUCACUCCAAGAAAGAGCUGAAAGACUGAAUAAAAGCAGAAGUGCGUCCAUGGCAUCUCUGUUCUAAAUCUCCCCACACUGGAUGUGUAUAGCUUACUUCUUUAGCUUGGUUACUAAAUACAACCAUUCUUUAGCAUCUGGAAACUUUCACCACAUGAGAGGCUCCCCGACAAAACCUAACAAGAUUCCUUGAUGAGAGAGAGAGAGAGAGAGAGAGAGAGAGAGAAAGAGAGAGAGAGACACCCCAGUCUAUACACAGCUUCAGUAGUCUCAGACCUGGGAGCCCCUAAAUAGACUGUAGCCCAAAUUAAAUACUGUUCCUUCAUGGUACUCUGUAAUAAGAGGAAACUUUAAAAGAAGUCCUUACUCUGGCACCAUGAGUCUGGAGUCUGUUCAGGUAUCAUCCUGACCAAACUGAGUGGAGCUCCAAUUUCAAAGAACUAUAAUUCACUUUGAAGACAACUUCUGAGAAGACUACAUUUUCUUGACAUUGUUUACUGCCCUACCACAGGCACUCUCACUUCAAGCUGAGGGUCCUACUUUCAGGAUACCUUCCAUGGUUACAAAUUCAGUUAGUCUUGCUUCAAGUCAGCAGAUGCCACAAGAACUGAUGAUGCUGGAAUGGGGAGUGAGAAAUGAUGUGGUGCAUGGAUAGAAAGAAUAAAGGCUCUGAAGCAUGAAAUUUAAUUACAUGCCAAAUAGAAAAGAAAAACAAUUACUCUAGGUUGUUCGGUGUUAUCUGCUAGAACAUUUUUAUAUUAAAGAUAUUACAUUGCCUAGAAACCAUUUAAGUUUCCAUAAGAAACCUGCAAUAACAUGACCUUAUCUCUUCACUAAUAAUCACUUAUUUUGUUAAUGUGGACAAACAUAGUUAUUAUAGCAUAAAGACUUUUUAAGCCUGUCAUUCGGAGUCAUUGCCAAUAUAGUCGACAUAAAAAUUUCAGCAUAUUAACACACCAGAAGAAGCCCAGAGGCCAGACAAAAUGAACUGUUUGUCUCUCUCUAAACAUGCCAUGAACUUACCUAUGGCCAUAUUUUGGCCCACACUAUUCUCUUCACUUACAGUACUCUUAUUUUUGCCAGUCUACUAAAAACUUCCACUUUCCCAAAGUCCAGCUGAGAUGCCACUGUAUCUGUGGAGCCUUUUCUGCAUUUCCCCCAAUUGAAUGUGACAUAAGUAUUGAGAUGCCCCCUCUUGCUCACCAACACUGCACUGAUUUCUUGAUGUCACUGAUCCCACGAGGCCCUUUAUUUUUGAUGUUCUUCAAUACCUCCUACUCGACUGUAAACUUCUUGAAAGCAGGGAUUCUUGUAUGCAUUUUUUAAAUUCUCCAUUGUGCCUAGGUGCUCAAUAAAGUUUGUGAAUUAUUGAACUAAUUAUUAAGCUGUGAUACAGUGUAUAUCCUCAGGGUGCUAUCCCUAUUACAUGAAGAUAAUGUUACUGAUUCAUUGUCAACAAGACACAUGCCUUUGAGGUGUGCUUGUAUUCUUUUAAUAGUGGAUUUAGUUUUGUGCUAAUGAUAAUGCCAAUUAUGAUAAU